UUCUCCUUUCCUUGCCCCCUGUAAUAGACGAGCCGUGUCGUCCCCCUUUCCUCUUCGUCGCCGUGCUCGACGUUCUCCAGCCAUCUCUCGUCGCUGCCACUGACGUCGUAACGACCUGCCUAACGACGACCGCUCCACUCCUUCCAUCAGUCUGGCCCCGGCGACACCGCGCGGUCGCAUUUCUUCCUCGCCGGACCUUCUUUCUUUCGCGUUCUAACCAUACAAACGCGCCGUCAAAGCUUACAGAUAGCAAUAACGAUCAUUAACGACCAUUCAUGAAUAUGCACAGACAGCUCACAAAGACCCCACCGAGCUCGCCUCGCGACGCGAAGAGCGUGCCGGAACCAUAUCCCAUUCCAAGCACCAACCCUGCGAGCCAGUAUACGCUGCUCGAGAAGCUGGGGACAGGCAGCUUCGGGACCGUGUACAAGGCCAUGCACAACGAGACGAAGCAGAUCGUCGCCAUCAAGCAGAUUGACCUCGAGGACACGGACGACGACAUCUCCGAGAUCCAGCAGGAGAUCGCAAAUCUUGCACUUUUCGACUCGGAAUAUGUGACGCGCUAUUAUGGCUCGUUCGUCGUUGCGUACAAGCUAUGGAUCGUCAUGGAAUACCUCGCAGGUGGUUCAUGUCUUGACUUACUUAAGCCCGGAGUAUUCUCAGAGGCACAUAUCGCAGUAAUCUGCAAGGAGCUGCUGCAAGGACUCGACUAUCUUCACAGUGAAGGUACAAUCCAUCGGGACAUCAAGGCAGCCAACGUCCUCCUGUCCGCAUCGGGGAAGGUCAAGCUGGCCGACUUUGGUGUUGCGGCGCAAUUGACGAACACGCUGCGACACACGUUCGUGGGAACACCAUUUUGGAUGGCGCCGGAGGUGAUCCGGCAGGCAGGAUACGACUCCAAGGCAGACAUCUGGAGUCUCGGGAUUACUGCGAUUGAGAUGGCGAAAGGAGAGCCGCCAUUGGCAGAGUACCACCCUAUGCGAGUGCUAUUCUUGAUUCCGAAGGCGAAGCCUCCAGUGCUCGAAGGAGCCUUUUCCGCCGCGUUCAAGGACUUUGUCACACAGUGCUUGACCAAAGACUCUAACACUCGCCCAACAGCGAAAGAGCUGCUUCAACACCGGUUCAUCAAGUCUUCACGGAAGACUUCGUAUCUGACCGAAUUGAUCGAGCGCUACCAAGACUAUCGUGCGCGGACACCAGGCAAAGGGCUGCAGAUGUACCAGCCAACAGUUCGUAACAGCGGUGCGUGGGAUGGCACCCUUCGCAGUGACUGGAGCUUCGACACUGUGCGCACAACAUCCGCGAUGGGUUCGCUGCGCAGUAUGGCCAGAGACAUUACGCCUCCCGGAACGAUUCCCGACGAGGGGUAUUACGAGGCGUCGAUGUACGACGAGGAGUCUAUUGACACGAGCGCUGCGACCAAAGGCAGCGAAGUACCGCUGUCAAGCUCAGGCGCACUUGGCAUGAACUCAGAGGCACAGUACUCAACGGUGAUAAUCAAGCAGGUUCCAACCAUUGCAGACGUGAAAGACGUCCCGCCGAUGGUGACGGACGACUCGUCAGACGAGACGGUUGGAAAUGGCGAUCCCGAGACGCCGCCCCCAUCAGUAGAGGCGUCAGAGCCGCCGCCUGCGUAUUCGGGCUCUGUACGCUCCGUCCGUUCGACGCGAAGGGCAUCGUUCCAAGCGCGGAAUAACACGAGCAUUGGGACGGUCCUAGGCGAAGCGGAUAUUGGGAAUGGGGUCGAUACGAUUAGGCCGGUGAAGAAGGUCGAUACGGUGAGGUCAUUGAGGAUGUCCGAAGAGUAUGUGGGGACCACGCGAAGCAGGGAGGGCAGAGAGGGUAGCUCGUCUAGUCCCUCUUCGCCUACGACCAGCCCAAAGUCAUCACAGAAGCGAGCUACGAGCGAGGCGGCCGAGGCGGGGAGAUCGAUUGUUGAUGACGUCAUGGUGCCGUUACUUGCGAAGGUGACACGGGAUGAUAUGGAUGCUCGCGAGAUUGAGUCGCUGAGUAUGAUUUCGCGUGGGUUCGAGGAACUCAGGGACGUCAAUCCUGAGCUUGCUUACAACAUCAUCCUCGAUGUUCUUUCAAGCAUCAAUGAGAAUCCUGCCGUGCGUCAACACAUACAAACAUCUCGCGGUCUCUUCCCUCACAAACGCAUCAUUCGGAGAAGUGAAAUGACAGCCAAGGGUCUCGUCGUCACCGAAGAGGAGGAGAUUUCUGGCUUGCCGCCCCCAUCAACUGCGAACGCGCCGAAUGGAGAACCUAGUUCGCCGACUCGGAAAUCGCCCAUUUCGGAGCUGCUCUAUAUGCGCUGGCUUGAAGGCUUGCGGCUGAAGUGGCCAAGUAUCCUAUAGCGAUUUCUGCCAUCCCGGACACCGAUUAUAUGCAUGAUCCCUGACGUGGUCUUGGACAGCCUGUGUCUGGUAAUGUUGCCAUCCACGACAUCGACAUGAUUUCUGCACUUGCAUCUCCGUUGUCUCUCGUUGUCUCGCGCUCCGCCCCUCCAUCUCUCGGACUCUUCUUGCAACUGCACUAUAUUGUGACUCAAUAUUUCUUGCCGUCGGUGUAAACGCCCACUUCGCCCCCUCCGAUCCUUGUCUCACUAUUGUAUCAUCUAUCAUUGGGAUGGGCUUCCAUCUUAGUUGUCUGUGCGUUCUACGAUUCAUCAUGCACUAUAUGAAAGCUUUUUACCACGUCACGGACUCUCCAUAGGUGUGCGUUUAGCUCGAACCUGUGCAGAAUGUAGUCUAAAUUGAUCUUGCUGGAUGCAGAAUCUGAGAAUCACUUGCUCGCAAUAGAAGCUGCUUGGCUUUGCC